AUGUUCAAACUGAAGGUCUGUAUUGUGGGUGAUAUAGAAACUGGUAAAACUGCACUUAUAAGACGAUAUAUUUAUGAUAAGUUUGACACGGUUGCGAACUCCCUUGGAGGAAGUACUUUCUAUGAUAAGACAACUGAGUUUGAUGGAAAUAAAAUUGUAGUACAGCUAUGGGAUGGGUCAGGAAAAUAAGGGGCCAAAAAGCCUCCCAAUCAUGUUUCAAGAUACCUCAGCUGUUAUUAUAGUCUAUGAUAUUACACAGAGGGAUAGUUUUGAAAAUUUAGAAUACUGGAUAAACAGCGUUGAAAAAUAUUCAGGGAGUUUCUGAGGUAUUUAUCUGGUAGGAACAAAGCUUGACUGUCAAGAAAAGAGAGAAGUAAUGGCUGAAGAAGGAGAGAAAUUUGCAGCUGAAUAUGGGAUUCCUUUCUUUGAAACCUCAUCUUUUGAUGGAUCCUAUGUUAAAGAGCUAAUUCAUAACAUCUGCUCUCAUGUAUUUUUCGUUAUUUAUAAUACUUAA